UAGUACCGACGCCAUGCUAACACGCCCACGGUUUUUUAGCCUACGAGCUAAUGCACACUUGAGCAGAGAGAGCAGCCUGCUGCGCUGCCCUUGUCUGCUGCAGGCGUCUGAACCACGAGCGAUACCGGAGCCGGCCGCGCCGUGUGCGCAGGACGCCAGCAGCGCCCGCGCGCGACGCGGUCUCCUCGUGCCACCUCGUGCCACCGCGUGAGCAGUGGUAAAUUCACUCUUUUCACUCUUUUUGAGCGCUCUCCAAGAUGCUGCCACGGCGCCUCCUGCGGGGACACCGCGUCGUCGGUCGGCGGCGGCACCUGCAGGUGGGCGUGAUCGGUCACGGCAACAUGGGACGGGGCGUCGCGGCGUCGCUCGCGCGCGCCGGUCACGACGUCGUCGUCUACGACGCGGACGGAGCCCAGACCCUCCGACGGCCAUCGACCAUCACGGCGGUGGACUCCGUCGCGGCCGCGUGCCGGCGCGCCGACGCGGUCCUCCUGAGCCUGCCGCACGAGGCCGCCGAGCGCGCGGUCGUCGCCGACCUCCUGGAGGCGCGCCCGCCGCUCGUCCUGAACUGUGCGGAAAUCAAAAUUUUAUGGCGCGUUCGUGCUGAAUCGUCGCGUCGACCUCCACGCCAUCGACGCGACGCCUGCUCGAUGGCGUGGCGAUGCCGGUUCCUCACCGCUCGACGGAGCCAGCACGGGCGCACCCGACACACUGGUUGAUUUCCACACAGGUCCUGAACCUGGGCACCUCGAGCGUGGGCUGGGCGCGCGAGGCGCACGAGACGUGCGGCGGCGCCGGCGUCGCCUACCUCGACGCGCCCGUGUCGGGCGGGCCCGAGGGGGCGGCCGCCGGGAGCCUGGCGGUGUUCCUGGGGGGCGACGAGGCCGCCGUCCGGCGCGCGGCGCCCGUCCUCGACGCCAUCGCCGCGCGGUUUGCGCGGCUGGGCCCGGCGGGCGCCGGCGCGGGCGCCAAGCUCGUGAACCAGGCGCUGGUCGCGGCGAACGCGCAGGGCGCCGCCGAGGGGCUCGCGCUCGCGGAGGGGCUGGGCUGCGACCUGGAACAACUGCUGCCGCUGCUCGACGGGGCCUGGGCGGCGUCGACGAUGCUCACGCGGAGCGGGGCGCGGCGCCUCGGGGCGGACCCCGCGCAGCUGGCCUUCGAGUCCUCGGCGGCGCCGCUGCGGAACUUCGCCAAGGACCUCGCGCUCGUCCGGGACGCCGCGGCCGGCCGCGGGCUGGACCUCCCGGCGGUGCGCGUCGCCGCGGAGACGGUGGCCGCGGCCGCCGCGCGCGGCGCCGCGGACUGCGACUGGGCGGCGGUCCCGAGCUUCCUCGCCCGGCCGACGACCGCCAACGAGCUGGCGCGGGCGGCGCCGCCCUUCUCCGACGCCGUCCCGACCGCGGAGGCGCUCCGCGCGGCGCUGGCGGCGCAGGCGUCGCCCAGCCUGCCGGUCGUCGACGACGACCCCACGGGCACGCAGACGGUGCACGGCGUGGCCGUCCGGGCGGACUGGGCCGACCUGAGCGGGGAGCUGCGGUCGGACAAGUCGUGCUUCUACCUGCUGGCGAACACGCGCGCCCUCGACGAGGCGGCGGCCGUGGCGCGCAACCGCGAGAUCGGGCGGGAGCUGCGCAGGGGCGGCCCGCGGCUCGUCGUCUCGCGGUCCGACUCGACGCUGCGCGGCCACUUCCCGGCCGAGGUCGACGCGCUCGCGGACGGCCUGGGCUGGCGCCGGCCCCUCGUCCUGGUCGCGCCGCAGUUCUUCGGCGGGGGGCGCGUCACGGCCGACGGCGUCCACUACGUCCUGGGCGCGCCCGUCGACGGCGACCGGCCGGCGACGCCCGCCGGCGAGACCGAGUUCGCGCGGGACCGCGCCUUCGGGUACCGGCGGUCGCGCCUCGCCGAGUGGGUCGCGGAGAAGACGCGCGGGAGCGCGGACUACGCGCACACGUGGCACCUGUCGCUGCACGCGAUCCGCGGCGGGGUCCGCGCCGUCCAGGACGCGUUCGAGGCCGCGCUGCUGGACGAGACGGUGCGCGCGGUCUGCGUCGACGGCCUCGAGGACCGGGACAUGCUGGUCGUCGCGAGCGGACUCAAGGCGGCCAUGGCGGCGCAGCGGGGCGCCCUGCACGCGCGGGGCGGCGUCGUCGUGCGGUCCGCGGGGAGCGCCGUGGCCGCGCUCACGGGCAUGCCGCCCAAGCCGUUCCUCGGGCGCGAGGCGCUCUCGCCCUCGAGCGGCGGCGGCCUCGUGGUCGUCGGGUCGUACACGCAGAAGACCUCCGCGCAGCUCGCGGAGCUGCGCCGGCGGUGCGGCUGGCUCGACGCGGUCGAGGUGGACGUGGGCGAGGUCCUCGCCGACGCCGAGGGGGCGGUCGCCCGCGCGUCCGCCGCCGCCGCGGCGGCGCUGGGCGCGGGCCGGUCGGCCUGCGUCUUCACGUCGCGCCGCGUGCAGCAGGACGACGGGUCCGGGGGCCUCGUGAUCGGCGCCAAGGUGAACGAGGCCCUCUGCGCCGUCGCCGCGCGGGUCGUGGAGCGGGCCACGCCGGCCUUCGUCGUCGCCAAGGGCGGCAUCACGUCGAACGACGUCGCCGUCAAGUCGCUGGGGGUCCGCCGCGCGGACGUGCUCGGCCAGGUCGUCGCCGGCGUGCCGGCGUGGCGGCUCGGGCGCGAGUCGCGCCUGCCGGGCGCGUCGUACGUCGUCUUCCCCGGGAACGUGGGCGACGCGGACGACCUGGCGAACGUCGUCGAGACCGUGGCCGGCGCGUCCGGGGCCGGCGUCCGCCGCGGGGUCGAUCGCGCGCGGGGACGCCCGGCGCCCCGCGCAGGCGGCGGCCGGCCGCGUCCCCGAAGAUGACCUGCGUCGAGGCGCUCGUCGACGCGCGCGGCAGGGGCCGCGCGCUCGGCGCGUUCAACGUCUACACGCUGGAGGGGGCCCUCGCCGUCGCGCGGGGCGCCGCGGCGGCGCGGCGCGCGGCCAUCGUGCAGCUGCACCCGGCGGCCCUCGACCACGGCGGGCCCGCGCUGCUGGCGGCGUGCCGGCGCCUCGCCGACGCCGCGGAGGUGCCCCUCUUCGUGGCCCUGGACCACUGCGAGGACCCCGGCCGGAUCUACCCGCAUCUCGAGGCCGUCGACCACGUCAUGGCCGACGGGUCGCGCUUCGACGUGGGAGAGAACGAGCGGUGGACCGCGGCGGUCGCGGCGCGCGCGCGCGCCGCGGGCGUCUCGGUCGAGGCGGAGCUCGGGCGCCUCGCGGGCGAGGAGGACGGCCUCUCCGUGGACGAGAGGGACGCGAGGAUGACGGACCCCGCGAUCGUGGCGGCAUUUCUGGCGCGCACGCGGGUCGACGCCCUCGCGGUGACGGUCGGCAACGUGCACGGCGCCUACGCCUCGCGCGAUCCGGACCUGGACUGGGCGCGGCUCGACGCCGUGCGCGCCGCGGCGGGCGACGUCCCCCUGGUGCUUCACGGCGCGUCGGGCCUGUCGCAGCGAGUCAUCUCGCGGGCGAUUUCGGCCGGCGUCUGCAAGUUUAACGUGAACACGGAACUCCGGGCGGCCGCGCGCGCCGCGUACGCCGAGGGCGGCGACGUCCUCGCCGCGGCGGAGCGCGCAACGAGCGCCAUGGCCGGCGUCGUGGAGGCGAAGCUGCUCGCGUUCGACGCGGGUUCUUAAACUAUUCUUAAACUUAUUUGUGCUCCCGAAGUUGCUCU